AUGGCUGCAGGAGCCUUGCCUCAAAAUGAACAACCAUAUUCUACAUUGGUGAAUAACAGUGGAUAUGCUGCAAACAUGAAAGGAAAUUCAGGACGUCCUACGCCAAAAUAUACAAAAGUUGGAGAGCGUUUGCGGCAUGUCAUUCCUGGACACGUGGCCUGUUCUAUGGCAUGUGGUGGCAAAGCUUGCAAGUAUGAAAAUGCAGCCCGCUGGGGUGAACAGGAACAAGCUAUUAAAGGGGUCUACUCGUCCUGGGUCACUGAUAAUAUCCUGGCCAUGGCACGCCCAUCCACUGAGGUCCUGGAGAAGUUCUGUAUCAUUGAGCAGUUCCGAAGCCAUGGCAUAAAAAGUAUCAUUAACCUUCAGCGUCCUGGUGAGCAUGCCAGCUGUGGGAACCCUCUGGAACAAGAAAGUGGCUUCACAUACCUUCCUGAAGCUUUCAUGGAGGCUGGCAUUUAUUUCUACAACUUUGGAUGGAAGGAUUAUGGUGUAGCGUCCCUUACCACCAUCUUAGAUAUGGUGAAGGUGAUGACAUUUGCCUUACAAGAAGGAAAAGUAGCUAUCCAUUGUCAUGCAGGGCUUGGUCGAACAGGUGUUUUAAUAGCAUGUUACUUAGUUUUUGCAACAAGAAUGACUGCUGACCAAGCAAUUAUAUUUGUUCGGGCAAAGCGACCUAAUUCCAUACAAACUCGAGGACAGCUACUCUGUGUAAGGGAAUUUACUCAGUUUCUGAUUCCUCUUCGCAAUAUAUUCUCUUGCUGUGACCCCAAGGCACAUGCUGUCACCUUAGCACAGUAUCUCAUUCGUCAGCGACACAUGCUUCACGGAUAUGAGGCACGACUUCUGAAACACAUUCCAAAAAUUAUCCACCUCGUUUGCAAAUUGCUGCUGGACUUAGCUGAGAACAGGCCAGUGGUGACGGAAAAAGGGGCAGACAUACCUGGCCUCUCAGCUGAAAUUGAAAAGACUGUUUCUGAGAUGAUCACAAGGCAGCUUGAUAAGGAGUUACUGAGACAUGAUAGUGAUGCAUCAGACUCUUUCACCCCCAGUGCAGUGGUGAUGGAUUUUGAGAAUAAGGAUGUGGUUCUUUCCAGUGAGCAAGAGUUGGACCCUCUUUGGAAGAGGCGGAAUGUCGAGUGUCUUCAGCCCCUGGCUCAUCUGAAAAGGCAGCUCAGCUACAGUGACUCAGAUUUAAAAAGGGCGGAGUCACUUCUGGAGCAAGGGAGGACUCCGUGGACAGUGCCUGCCCAGGCCUUGCUUUGCCAUAAUCCCAGGCAGCAGAAGCACAUAAGCCAUUGUUACUCCCCACAGUCUCCACAGCUAGAUUUAAAUAAGGAAAUGCUGGUCCGCAAUACAUUUUCUUUCUGGAAUCACACUAAAUUUGGAAUCCCAGAGGGACUCAAAGAUGAUGGGUCAUCAAUGUUCCAUAGGACGAGCGUUCCAAAGGAAGUACAGCGAAGCAGAACCUUCUCUUCAGGAAUUGCAGGUUCAUACAACCCUGGGGAGCCAGUUGCACCAAACUUUGCAAAUAUUCCUAAGGAACCAAACUGUUCUCAACAGAAAGUGUACCAUUAUGAGUGUGAAAGUCAUGGUGGUUGUGGCCCAAGCUCUGUUGCAGAGGAUGGUGAGACUUGCCGCCGCCCUGUUGACUGUAGGUCCAGUCCCAAAGCACAGUUCUUGGGGAAUGAAACUCAGAACAGCAAAUACCUGUCUGAAGUUGCUGCACAUAUGGCUUUACAGUCUGAGUUGAGUGUUGAAGCAAGGAGAAUACUGGCAGCCAAAGCCCUGGCAAAUUUAAAUGAUAUUGCAGAAAAGGAGGAAGUGAAAAAGAAGGUAGAGAUGUGGCAGAAAGAACUAAAUUCCCGAGACGGAGCUUGGGAAAGAAUAUGUGGCGAAAAGGAUCCUUUCAUCCUGUGCAGUUUGAUGUGGUCUUGGGUGGAGCAGCUAAAGGAGCCUGUGAUAACCAAAGAGGACAUGGACAUGUUGGUUGACAGAUGUGCAGAUGCCUCGGAAGCACUGUUCUUAUUAGAAAAGGGCCAGCAACAAACUAUUCUUUGCGUGUUGCAUUGCAUAGUGAGCCUGCAGACGAUUCCUGCAGAUGUGGAGGAAGCUGUUCUUGCCCGCGCCAUUAAAGCUUUCACUAAGGUUAAUUUUGAUUCUGAAAAUGGACCAAUAGUCUACAACACCCUGAAGAAAAUAUUUAAGCACACACUGGAAGAAAAAAGAAAAAUGACAAAAGAUAGCCCUGAGCCUGGCAUUUAG